UCCUCAACUCUGGCAGGUUCAGUAUGGGCAGUGCCCGACUGUGGAAUGAUCAAGAAACUCAUCGAGAUGACAGCAGAGUACGCUGGCAGCAGGAAACAGUUUGGUAAGAACCUCAGUGAGUUUGGGAUGAUCCAAGAGAAGUUUGCGGUGAUGGCCCAGAAUGCAUUUGUGAUGGAGAGCAUGGCGUACCUGACGGCUGGGAUGAUGGAUCGACCUGGGGUCCCUGACUGUUCUCUAGAGGCUGCUAUGGUUAAGGUGUUCAGCUCUGAGGGAGGCUGGAUCUGUGUGUCUGAGGCUCUGCAGGUUCUAGGAGGGCUGGGCUACACUAAGAACUAUCCCUACGAACGCUACCUCAGAGACUGCCGUAUCCUGCUCAUCUUCGAGGGCACCAAUGAGAUCCUGAGGAUGUACAUAGCUCUGACUGGGAUGCAGUAUGCUGGAAAAAUACUGACAGGCAAAAUCAAGGAGAUGAAGAAGGGGAAUGUGGGUGUGGCCUUGGAGAUGUUGGGCAGGAAGUUGGGAGAUGCGUUGGGGAGGAAGGUGGACCUUGGACUGACUGGGAUGGAUGGGGUGGUGCAUCCUGGUCUGGCGGACAGUGCCAAGAAACUGGAGCAGAACGUGGCCCAUUUUGGCUCCACAGUGGAGAACCUGCUGUACAGAUAUGGAAAGACGAUAGUAGAGGAGCAGCUGAUCCUGAAGCGUGUUGCCGACGUCCUGAUCAACCUGUACGCCAUGACAGCCGUCCUAUCACGAUCUAGUAGAUCUAUCUCUAUAGGGCUCAGGAACCACGACCAUGAGGUGCUGCUGGCUAACACGUUCUGUACCGACGCCUUCUUCAAGAACAACUACUGGCUAACUCAGCUACAGAGGAACUCACCUGAGAACCAAGAUGAGAACAUUAAGAAGAUCGCCAGGGAGGUUUUGGAGAAGAGAACCUAUGUCUGUUCCCACCCUCUGGACAGAACCUUCUAGAACCUGAACAGAAUAACAUAACUCUGACUGGAGGAGACAUGGUGUCCUAUUCCCUAUGCAGUGCACUACUUUGGGCCAGAGCCAUAUGUAGCAACCUAAAAGUGGGGCACUGUAAAGGCAUUAGGGGGCCACUAGAGACUGACCUCGGGGUCCUGUGACCCUACAUUUCCAUCCAUGGCUACAUGCCUCUACUUUUGUAUUGCAGUAACUAACUCCUCAGUUCUGAAGCAACUCUUGAUAUGAUGUUAAUUUAAUUCUGUAUAUCAUUUAUAACUACGAUUGAAUAUAAUGACCUUGUUUUACUGAUGGUACUUUGGUUGAAGUGGACAGUGGUUGUCGGUUACUGGCCAUUUAUUCUAUUAAAGUGUUGAUUUCUUUCA